UGGCCGCAAAAAGGCACUUUGCAAAUCAAACUCUUAAGCCGAAAGUCACAGCAGCAUUGUGACAACUCCGCUAAAAAAUAAAAUAAAGAUGCGAUUAAUACACCGUCAAAACGCAGCAAUCAUGUCCGGCUGGACAACGCCGUCCGCUAAUCUGCGCUUUGUGCUCGCCCUCUGCCUAGCCGUCGCGCUGCUGCCCAGUCCCGGUGCGGCGCGCAUGGCCUUCGAGAAGCUCACAGACUUCGAUUUCGCCGGCACCACAUACUACAGCGUGAAGAAUCUUUCGCUGUACGAGUGUCAGGGCUGGUGUCGUGAGGAGGCCGAUUGUCAGGCGGCCGCAUUCAGUUUUGUCGUCAAUCCAUUGUCGCCCUCGCAGGAGACACACUGUCAACUGCAGAACGAUUCGUCGGCACACAAUCCCUCUGCGGCGCCACAGCGCUCCGCCAACAUGUAUUACAUGGUGAAAUUGCAGCUGCGCAGCGAGAAUGUCUGCCAUCGGCCGUGGGCGUUCGAGCGUGUACCCAAUAAGAUUAUACGCGGUCUCGAUAAUGCGCUCAUCUACACCAGCACCAAGGAGGCCUGCUUGUCGGCUUGCUUAAAUGAGAAACGUUUCGUUUGUCGCUCGGUCGAAUAUGAUUACAAUAAUAUGAAAUGUGUCUUGAGCGAUUCGGAUAGACGUAGCUCGGGUCAAUUUGUGCAGCUGGUCGAUGCGCAAGGCACCGAUUACUUUGAGAACUUGUGUUUGAAGCCGGCGCAGGCCUGUAAGAAUAAUCGUUCGUUUGCCGUGGCGCGCGUGGGUGUGUCUGAGGAGAAGGUGGCUCAAUAUGUUGGUCUGCAUUACUAUACCGACAAGGAAUUGCAAGUGACUUCGGAAUCUGCUUGCCGUUUGGCCUGUGAAAUCGAAACAGAGUUCCUGUGUCGCUCAUUCUUGUAUCUCGGUCAGCCACAGGGUUCACAGUACAACUGCCGUUUGUUCCACUUGGACCAUAAGACACUGCCCGAUGGUCCCUCAACCUAUCUGAACCAUGAGCGUCCACUGAUCGAUCACGGCGAACCCAUUGGCCAAUACUUUGAAAAUGCUUGCGAGAAGACCACCUCACCGCCCGGCACUUUGGACAAGUUGGACACACUGCCUGUCAGUCUAGACACCACCGAAGAUCCCAACUUGACCAACAUCACCAGAAAUGAUGUCAACUGCGAUAAGACUGGCACCUGCUAUGAUGUCUCUGUACACUGCAAAGACACCCGCAUCGCUGUACAGGUCCGCACCAACAAACCAUUUAAUGGUCGUAUUUAUGCUCUGGGACGUUCGGAGACUUGUAAUAUCGACGUCAUCAACUCGGAUGCGUUCCGUUUGGAUCUGACCAUGGCUGGACAAGACUGUAAUACGCAAAGUGUGACCGGCGUCUAUUCGAAUACUGUCGUACUCCAGCAUCACAGCGUUGUCAUGACCAAGGCCGAUAAGAUCUACAAAGUUAAAUGCACCUAUGAUAUGAGUUCGAAGAACAUCACCUUCGGCAUGAUGCCCAUACGCGAUCCAGAAAUGAUCCAUAUCAACUCAUCGCCUGAGGCGCCACCACCAAGGAUUCGCAUACUGGACACACGUCAACGUGAAGUGGAGACCGUACGCAUCGGUGAUCGUCUUAACUUCCGCAUUGAAAUACCCGAAGACACUCCCUAUGGUAUCUUUGCGCGUUCUUGCGUCGCGAUGGCUAAGGAUGCACGCACUAGCUUCAAAAUCAUUGAUGAUGAUGGCUGUCCCACUGACCCAACCAUCUUCCCUGGUUUCACCGCUGACGGCAAUGCAUUGCAAUCGACCUAUGAGGCCUUCCGUUUCACCGAGAGCUACGGUGUUAUCUUCCAAUGCAAUGUUAAAUAUUGUUUGGGUCCUUGCGAACCGGCUGUGUGCGAAUGGAAUAUGGAAUCCUUCGAAUCGUUGGGUAGAAGACGUCGUCGUCGCGCUGUCGAGGGCAACGAGACUAAGGAGGCUGAUGAUGAUAUGAAUAUCUCGCAAGAGAUUCUAGUCCUGGACUUUGGCGAUGAGAAACGUGAAUUCUUCAAGGCAGAUCCCAGCACAGACUUUGCCAAAGAUAAGACUGUCACCAUCAUUGAGCCCUGCCCCACGAAGACCUCCGUUUUGGCGCUGGCCGUCACAUGUGCGCUGAUGAUUCUGCUCUACAUUUCGACGUUGUUCUGUUAUUAUAUGAAAAAAUGGAUGCAACCUCAUAAGAUUGUAGCAUAAACAAAAUCUUAAGCAACACAAAAACACACUCACACACAUAAAUUUACGAAAAAAAAUUUACAGAAGAAACUCUAAAGUAAGCAAGAAAAAUUAAAUGGAACACAGGGGUAUCGGACUAAAUCUAAAAAGUAAUUUUAUGUUAUGCAAGAAAUGAUAUUACAACAAAAAAUUUACGAAAAAUAAGUUUUUAGAAAAAAAGCUCGCAAAAAGCUUUUUGGAAAAAAGUUUCAAGCUAGUAAUUUAAGUUUAAAAUUAAACAAAGAAUAAUGCAUUUCAUAAUAUUAAGCUUAACAAGAGUCUAAAACGAAAAGCUGGCAAGCCACUUUUCCCCGAAUUUGGUGGUAGCGGGAAAGCUUGAAAGUUUACAUAAGCUUCACAACUUCUCUAGAGGGGUAGAAUAGGCCUAAUGGCACGCAAGGAAUUAUGCAAUAAUAAGUAAUAAACUAUAUGCGUAUCAUAGUUUUAGUUUUAACAUAUAGAAGUACUUAUGCAUAAAAGCUCAGUGGAAUAGAGCUUUUAUUUAAAAUGUUAGUCUUAAUUAUAAUACUCCAUUCCUACAUACAUACAUAUUUAUAUACACUGCACUCUCAUUUUAUAUGUUUCACGAAAUUUAAGCUAUCGAUUGAGUAACUGAAAGAUUGAACGUGCUUUAGAAGCCUUAAAAAGUGAAUGGAGCUUUCAAAUACCGCAAUGCGCUACUUAUACAACGAAAAUUCGAAAACUGCAAUAUAUUCUUAAAUGCUUUGAAGAACUUAUGAUGCUUAUUUGAGCUUUUUAAGCUGCAGUGUGAACUAUUUGCGCUAAUUAAUAGAUGAGCUUUUUAAAUACGAAAAUAUUAUUUAUUCUACUAUAUGCAUUUACCGCAAUGUAUAUAUGUAUAAGGUAUAAACACCCUUUCGAAAAAAGCUAACUAAAAUUUGAGCUUUGAAAAGCACUCAGCUGAACUGAGAUUAAGUAGAGCUAUAAAUUUUUAAUAAAAACUUUAGUAUUGAUUAUCCCUGACUUAGUUAAUAAAAAUAUCAACAAAAGCUUCUGAAAGCUCUAAAGCUCAAAAGUUAUCUAAAAUUUCGAAUUUUUAUUAAAAAAAAUAAAGUAAAGCCCUGAAUGUAUGACCAAUUGCAUUUGUUUAUCUAAUGCUUUGAAGAAUACAACUUUUAAUUAUAUAUGAUCAUCGGAGUGAAAAGCUUCUGCUUCUUAUUAGCAAAAGUUGUACCAAGCAAUACUCCAAACCAGGCAAAUAUUUUCAAUUACGCAUGUCACUUUCAACAUUCAUGCCAAUGAAAGCUCUUUGAAAUCUCAGCUUUUCUGUAAGCCAAAGCUUUUACGAAAGCUUUGGCUGUACUUUUUGCAGCCAAGAUCAGUUUCUUUUUACACGUUAGCAAUAUUUCAACACUACCAACGAAAGCGUAUCUCUUUAUCUUUAAUAUUUUUUUAGUAUUUAUCUAAAGCUUAACUAUUUAGCAACAAGGCGCACUUUCUAUGAGGUUCCGAAAAUCAAAAUAUACACAUUUUUCGGAACCUACUUAUAGAGAUUGCAGCUUUGACUAAAAAAUAACAAAAAAUAUUUAAUUUUUAAUGUUUAUGCAGACUUUGUACUUUUACUCUCGCGUUUAUUUAUUUAAUUGUAUUUAAUAUUUAACUAAUUUAUGUUUAAUGACUAAAAUAAAUAAAUAAAAACUACACAAUAAAAAAACUGUGCUUAUUUAUAUUGCAUUUAUCAAGCAAAAAAAGUCGAAAAAAACUUUUUUUAAGAAUUUUAGCAAAUUUUAAAACCUAACCUAUAAAAGCUUAAAUUACAAUAUAUUCAGAAGGUGUCAAUAUCACUUAAUAAUUAUUCUUUGUGCAUUGCUUAAACCUUUUUUAUAAGUUUGUAAAUAAGUUUAAUAAAAGAAACAACAACAAACAUCAAAUUUAAAUCGAUUAAAUAUUUUUUGUUUGAAAACAGAAACAGGCAAUAAUUUUUUUAAUUUUUAAUGAAAAAAGCAAACAACGAAAAAUACAUGCGCACUCACACAGGCAUGAAGCUGCCUUCUAGACAUACAUAUACAAAAAAUAGUAGAGAUUACUUAAAUUUUAUAAAGCGUAGAUGAAACUGUAAUAGGUGAAGCUAAUACUUAAAAAUAAUUUCGAAAAAUAAAUAAAGCGAAACUUUAUAAAAAAUA